AAUAGCGUCCCUUAUUUUUUUUAUUUUUUUUUUGCAAUGAGAGCGUUCGAUAGCAUUCGAUAGCUGGCCGAUUCUAAAAACCCGGCCAAUGUUUCAUCAUGGUUUAUUUAAUAUGUUUGUAGUGUCAGCACUGCUACAUUAUAAUUUCAAAUAUUUGUAUAGAUUUCUUUCAUAGCGAGUUUUUGAUUUAUCAAGUUGUAUUCCUGUUAGCCGAGGCCCAGACUAUUUUUUUUUUAUCGUAAUAAUAAUUUUAUUACUUAUACUUAUUAUUCAUAUUAAAAAAAAAUUACUGACUAAUAUUAUUCUCCUUCGUUCACUAAAAAAACAUCAACUGACACUAAUAUAGACAAGUAUAUGGGGUUGUUUGAAAUUUUCUUAUAUUUUAUUUGAACUGUCGCCAUCUUGAAAAACCGAACCGAACGAGGUUUUGGAAUUUACCCCUGGGCUGCCCUGAGCGUCAAAAAAAAAAACACACAGAAAAAAAAAAAAUAGACAUCUCCUGCGUUUUCUUAUUUUUUCUUUAUCUAAGUAUAUUGUUAUUUAACAAUAAUGCACAAUAAUGUUUAACAAUAUAUUCACAAUUAAAAAAUAGCAAUUAUUAAUAAGACAUGUUAAUAAAAUACAUAAAUACAAUAUAAUAUUUAGCUUUUUAUUGUUUAUUAAAUUAACAAAAAACAAAAACACAAAAAAAAAAAGGCGCAAUAAACCAGAAUUGUUUUUUUUUUUAUUGCGUAGUUGUGAAAAAAUUGUGUGUGAAGCAGUGUGAAACAUCAUUGUCUCAAAGAUUUUAGUUUAAAUAAAAUAAGUUAAAAAGCAUUAAUUAAAAUUUAUUAAAUUUGAUUGUAAUAACAACAAAAUAAAUAAUUCGUGAAAUGGAACAACGAGAAUCCAAAAAUUGUCGUUUUGACAUAUCAAUGUCAGAAAAUGAUCCAGAACGUGAUAAAAAAAAAUUACAAAAUCAAUUGAAUCAUCUCAAGAAAAGUAUUGAUAAAAAAAAAGAAAAAGGACUUGAUUAUUUACCACCAAAAAUCACUGCUAAAUCUGAAGCAUCAAAUAAAAAAAUACCACUCGGAAAGUCAAAACUUGUUAAACCAUUUGGCCAUGUAAAAAAACUUUAUAUUGCCAAGGAUUCUUCAACAAACAAAUGCAAAGGUUUUGGAUACGUACAUUUCAAAUCACGUGAUGAUGCUAGCCGAGCAAUUGCUCAUUUAAAUAACUAUGGAUAUGAUAAUUUGAUUUUAAGUGUUGACUGGUCAACACCAUCAGCACAACAACUCUAAAUAAUUUCUAACAAAUUCAUUAAAAUAAAAUGUAUUGAAAGGUAUUUUUUAAUUGUCUUUUUUUUUCUUUUAUUUUUUAAUAAUUUUUCACUAACUUGUU